AGACCUCCUGAAAGAGACGUUCACUCUAUUUCAGAGCAAAUGUUGAAAGAUGGAGUUUUAAGAGAGAGCUUAAUUUUCCAGGUCCAAGUGUCAGUGCAACAAUCAGACACACAGGAAAUGGAAGACCAAAUACGGCGCUGCCUGCUGAUGCCAUAUGACAAUGGGUCGGUCUCCAUAGCAACACAAGACAUACAUAUAAGUCGCAUAUUUGUUUUUCAGUGUGAUGCUGAAACCCAGCAGACGUUAAAAGGCCUGUUCCAGUGGCCUAGCACUAUGGGAGGCAGAUAUGCUGUAUGCGCAUGCCCAAAAAAACCCUCAGCGCUUUGCUGUCCGACUCUGCAAACUGUCCCUGAGUACUCACUGGUUGGAGCCGGACGAUGAAGACUGCCCCCCAGUGGUGGAAACUAUACUUGAUCUGGACACUAUUGAAGUCACUCCUGAGAACGCCCUCAAUGUGUUGGAGAUGAUUGAGGAUUUACUGAGAAACCAGUCGAGUCUCAUGUACAAAGAGCUGGUCACAGUCCUCAACAAGCUGAAGGUCAUCAUCAGGGUCAGCGUGGUCACGCCGCAACUUGGCCAAGCUCUGAUCAACGUCAUCUCAGACAUACUGGAAACAAACAGCAACCUGACACCUUUUACAAACACUAUUCUCAACAUCACAGAGGAGGUUGGAGACAUGAUGGUGGGCUACGAGGGCUCCUACACCCUGUGUGCUCGAGCAGUCGCUCUCUCAGUGGUGGAUGUAGUUCCUGGACAGACCAGCAGCUUAAGCUUUGGAGUUUUGUCUAACUGGACCGACAUGAAACCAGAGAUUUUUAUUAACAGGUAUCCUACAGACGGCACUGUGGCUUUCAUUUCCCUGCCCUCUGUCCUGCAGAAGAACUUUGCACAAUACGGUGUGAACCAGAAACACCCUAGAAUCCAGUUUCAGUUCUAUGCCAACCCACUGCUCUUUCCGGUAGUAUUUGAUGAGGAAAAAUUAUCAAUUAUUUAAUUUAUAUGCAUAUUUUGGUGAAGGAAAGUGGUUUCUGUUUUCUGUCUCUUCAGACCCAUAAAGAGAAGCCCAUCCUCAACACCUUUGUGGUAUCGGCCAGCGUGACCAACGGCAGCUCCCCAAUCAAAGACCUUCCUGAAGACGUUACCAUCAUGCUGCACCAUUUACAGCCCAACAGAGUUGGAGAGAUUUUAUUCAAAUAAGCACUAAAACAGUAAAGAACAAAUAAGCUUUUAACAU